UCUUUAUGGGUGAGCCUUGGGGAAGUGGAUGGGUCAUUGGUGCCCUCAAAUACGGCUAGGAUUAGCACACCUUCCAGGCAGCCAGCAGAAACACUUCCACUGGAUCUGCUGAGGUAUUGCACAAGGAAGAUAUUCGUUAAACCUGAGGAAGAAAAGACGACUGUUUUUUGGGGGACAGACUGAUUCCUCUUCUGUAACGAGAUGGACUUGCAAGGAAAGGAGUUUGUCAAAGCCUGAGGUCUCCAAGGACAGCCACAAGCAGCCCCAAAUGGCCUCCCAGGGAUUGGAUAAUGCAGGACUGGGAACCUCAGCAGGUCACGUGAACCAAGAGGAGACUGAUGGUUCUGGUUAUCAGCUCCUGGAUGGAUCACGUGAUGUUCAAAGAGGAGCACUGCAAGCCCUCGGGGCCAUCCAGAUCCUGAAUGGAAUACUGAUUCUGGCUCUGGGUGUAUUUUUGGGUUGUUUACAAUAUUUGUCUCACUACUUCAGGCAUUUUUUCUUCUUCACCUUCUACACAGGCUAUCCAUUCUGGGGUGCUGUGUUCUUUAUCAGCUCGGGAUCCUUGACCGUUGCAUCAGGGAGAAAACCCACAAGAAUGCUGAUGCAAAACAGUUUUGGGAUGAACAUUGCCAGUACUAUAAUUGCAUUUGUUGGGACUGCUUUCCUUUCUGUACAUUUGGCAAUCAAUACCCAGGCUUUCAAGAGUUGCCAGUCUUCACAGUCACCUGACUUAUGCAUUUACCUGGGUUCCACAUCAAAUGGCCUUGUGUCUCUAAUGUUGAUCUUCACCCUGCUGGAGCUGGCCAUCACCAUUUCCAUCUCAACCAUAUGGUGCCUAGGAAAUGUUUGUGGUUCAAGAGAGGCAAUUUCUUCACCUCCUAAUUCUGUGGAAUCAGGAAUACCCCCUGAUAGAAGUGAUUCUGAGAACCUGAACACUCAGCCUCAACUCACCACACAGUGAGAACUUCACUUGAGAACUCAGGCGAGAAUGAAUAGAUGGAAUGCAACCCUUCUGUCAUGGCACUAUCCUUGAGAAAGCUGGACAUCUGUCCCAACCCUUCUCCCUUCCCUGUUAACUCACUAGCAUGUUCUAGAUCUAGAUGAAUAAAUAUAUUUCCUUAGACAUUCCUGGA